CGGGUCUGGAUUCCGGGAGCUGCUCUACGUCAACAGGAGCGCGGAGGAGAACCGUCCCAGUUCGUCUUCAGAAGAUCCGAGCAGAGGCGGCGCGUCCUGGUCUGCGCGUAAAACUCUCCAAAAGUGUCCAGAGGCAGCGGAGCGCGCGCAGCAGCAGCAGCAGCACGAGGACGAGGACGAGGACAGGGGGGGACAUGUUGGAUCUGCGCGUAAAGACGAAGUGAAAGACAGAAACUUUAGAACAACAACAGAAGAAGAUGUUGGCGAGAAAGAGCAUCAUCCCGGAGGAGUUCGGUCUCCCGGGCCUCGUGUCCCGCAUGCCCCGCAAACCGGUGUUCCGCGACCGCGUGAACAAGGCGCGCUUCAUCGCCAAGAACGGCUCGUGCAACCUGGCGCACAAGAACAUCCGCGAGCAGGGCCGCUUCCUGCAGGACGUGUUCACCACGCUGGUGGACCUGAAGUGGCGCUUCACCCUCGUCAUCUUCACCACCACCUUCGUCAGCAGCUGGCUCCUCUUCGCCAUGAGCUGGUGGCUCGUGGCGUUUGCGCACGGGGACCUGGACCUGGACUCGGAGCCGCAGAACCGAACCCACUGCGUCACCGACGUCAAGUCGUUCACCUCCGCCUUCCUGUUCUCCAUCGAGGUCCAGGUGACGAUCGGGUUCGGAGGACGAAUGAUCACAGAACAAUGUCCCACCGCGAUCACUGUCCUCAUUCUGCAGAACAUCGUGGGACUCAUCAUCAACGCCAUCAUGCUCGGUUGUAUCUUCAUGAAGACGGCUCAGUCCAACCGUCGCGCAGAGACGCUGAUCUUCAGCCGUCACGCCGUCAUCGCCGUCAGAAACAACAACCUGUGCUUCAUGAUCCGGAUCGGCGACCUGAGGAAGAGCAUGAUCAUCGGCGCCACCGUCAGGCUGCAGGUCGUGAGGAAGACGACGACUCCGGAGGGCGAAGUCAUUCCCAUCCAUCAGAUCGACGUCCCGACAGAGAGCGCCGUCUCCAGUAACAGCCUGUUUCUCCUCGCGCCGCUCAUCAUCUGCCACGUCAUCGACAAACACAGUCCCCUCUAUGACCUCUCGGCGAUGGAGCUUCAGUGCAGUGACCUCGAGGUCAUUGUCAUCCUGGAGGGAGUGGUGGAGACCACGGGAAUCACGACGCAGGCUCGAACCUCCUACGUCGCCGAGGAGAUCCAGUGGGGUCACCGCUUCGUUCCCAUAGUAACGGAGGAGGAGGGCGUGUACUCGGUGGACUACUCCAAGUUUGGAAACACAAUGAAGGUGGAGACGCCGGUGUGCAGCGCCAAAGAGCUGGACGAGAAGCCGUCCAUCUUGAUCCAGACGCUCCAGAAGAGCGAACUCUCGUACCAGAACUCGCUGAGGAAGCGGAACUCCAUGAGACGCAACAACUCCAUGCGUAAGGUGGCGGGCGGCAGCGGCAGCCUGCGCCGCAACAACUCGGGCCUCGUCGUGCCCAAAGUCCAGUUCUUCACGCCGGGAGACGGAGUCCAGAACCUGAACGCCGUCACCUGACAUGAGGCCGGCCCCCUGCUGACCGCCCUGCUCCUCCUGGUGGGACGGAGGACGGUGGGCGUGGUCGUGUCUCCGCCUCUGAUGGGACUUUUUCUUCUUCUCUUUUCUGUUUUAACGCGACUCGUCACCCGACACGUUUACUGCUGACGUCACACACACACACACACACACACACACACGUUUUUGUGUUUAUGUUGAUGAUGAAGACACAUUGUGACAUGAUGCAUUCCCUAACCAUCACAACAAAGUGCCUUAUCUUAACCCUUAACCUUUCCCUAGUCUAACCCGAACUCUAAAACCAGAUCUUAACCCUGAAAAAUCCCUUCAACAGACAAAAUGUCCCCACA